AUUUGAUAGGCUGAUGAGUUUCAUAAUGUGAUUUCUUGCAGUCAUCAUCCUUUCCUCAAGUCCUAUGUUAGAAAACCUGCUAAGCCUGCUUGUUAGGGAGUGCUUCUUGGCACCCACUUGUGCUAAAACAACUGUUUAAUUCAAGUACAAUGUCAACAUCAACUCCUCCUCUUGACGGACCAUGUCUUUUGGGAGAUUGUACUUUCAACUGGAAUACAUCAAAGAAGGCAGAGGAUACGAUACUGCCUCACCUGUUAUCAGAGCACAAAGUGGUCAUAGCCUCCGUGGACACAGUGUACAACAUGCAACAAUACCUUCAUUACUGGAGAAACAAAGUUCAUGGAACAAACUUGGCUGAGCACUUGCACGGAAUUAAUGUCCACAAGAAAGAAGGAGACAGUUACCCUGAGUUGUAUUACAUGCUGAAUGACACGUCUCAGGAGGACAAAACUCUGAGGCGCAGGAUAUACAAUGAAACAUUGAUCAAAGUUUUAAAACAACAGCAGGAAGAACGAGAAUGUGAGAGUUUGAAUAUUGACUGUCUUUUCUGUCCUGACAAGCUAAAAGGAAACAGAUUCAAAAUAUCAGAACAUUUGUACCACGAACACAGCUUUACCCUGGGCCAUCCUGACAAUUUGGUGUAUACUGCUCAAUUCAUAGAGCACCUGCGCAGUAAGAUGGUACGGGCAGAAUGUUUGUACUGUGAUAAAACAUUUCGAGAUUACAAAACUCUUAGGGAACACAUGAGGAAGAAAUUACACAAGAAGUUAAAUCCUAGCAACACAGAAUUUGACAAGUAUUACAUCGUAAACUACCGAGAAUUUGGAAAGAGUUGGAAGACUUUGAGUAAAGACGAUAAUGAUGGUUCAGACCCCCGGAAUGGAAGUCCAACUGAAGAAGACUGGUCAGACUGGGAAGGCUCAGCUCCGGAGAUACAGUGCUUAGUGUGCAGUGUAGUUUACUCCAAGUUUACUGCUAUCAAACAACACAUGAGAUCCCAACACCGCAUAGACUUGGACAGCUUGUGUAACGGCAUGUCUUAUUACAAGCAGGUAAAACUGAUAAACUAUAUCCGGUAUCUUAUAAUGGACUCAGACUGCCCCUUCUGCGACCAAUCAUCGCUACCUGAUAUAUCCAAACACUUGCUAACUCAUAUGAACAUAACAUCUAUGUCACACGAACGUUUCAAUGAUGACCGGUAUCUGUUUCCUGCGCUGGAUAACGAUUUUAUGUUGUGUUGUUUAAAGGAUGUACUUGUAGAGGGAGAGGAUGUUUUGGUUAUUCCUGAGGAUAUCCCACAACCUCACACGUGACACCAUUAAGGUGGUGCGUCAUACGUCCACAUAGUCAACCUUCAGAGACAUGAUAAAAUUAUAGCGCUUUCUCGUUGAGGAGGUUGCUCUUACCAGUUCAGCUUUCUUUGAGUUUGAGGGUGGUGUGUAUAUAUAUGUAGCGGUACUGAGUUACAAAGGUUCCUCUUGUGCAAUCUCUCCAAUCACUAGGACUAUUUUGUUACUUUUGAUUUUGCAAUUGGUUUUAUGAAAUUAUAAAUGGAAUAUAUUCUUAUUUUAUGACUUUAUUGUUUAUCAUAAUAUGAUAAACAAUGAAAUAUUGUGUAUAAAGUAGAAUGGAUUCCAUGAAAUGUUUAUAAUACAGGAUUUUCAAAAAAGGCAACCAUGUGAUCAGUGUUAAUAACCCACAAAUUAUUCUACAGUUGUUCAGGCAAGGUGGUUCCGCCGCGCCGUGCAGCUCCUCAAUGCCUUGAACUUUUGGGAGUCGAUUCGGUUUCAAAUUCUGAACAUAAUGCACUAAUUAUAAACGACAAAGUUCCAUAAGCUC